AUGAACUCGAUCGACGGACAAGAUCCUCGUGAGCGACACGAUACCGCUGUCGAAGAUGAAGACAACCAGGAACUAGAGUCUAUGAAGCAGAGGGUCAGAGAGAUGGAAUUCGAAGCGGAAAAACUGAGGGAGAUGCAAGCCCAAGUGGAGAAGGAGAUGAAUGAAUCCGGUCAGGUUGGCCAUCCCGCUCCAGCCGGAGGUAUGGAGGAAAAUAAAGAGGUGGUUGACAGCCGAAGUGUCUAUGUUGGGAAUGUUGAUUACGGUAGCACUGCAGAGGAAAUUCAAGCCCAUUUUGCCUCUUGUGGAACGAUAAACCGCAUCACUAUCCUAUGUGACAAGUUUACUGGUCAACCAAAAGGAUUUGCUUAUAUCGAGUUCGCCGAUCCUGUGCUGGUCCCUCAAGCUUGCCUCCUCAACGAUUCAUUGUUCCGUGGCAGGCAGAUCAAGGUGACACCUAAACGGACAAACGUACCUGGCUUAUCACGCGGCAGGGGCAGAGGACGAGGACGAGGCAGAGGAUUCAGCCCUUACUUCCGACCGCGUGGUAUCAGAGGGCGUGGAAUGUACCGAGGCUUUUGA